UUGGAAGGUUUCUUCCUCUUUUCUCGUAAAAUCUUUGAAGCAAACAUGGGUUUCAAGAAUUUGUGGUAUUCUCAUCCCAGGAAGUUUGGCCAAGGCUCCAGAUGUUGCCGUGCCUGCUCCAAUCGUCAUGGUCUGAUCCGGAAAUACGGACUAAAUCUCUGCAGACAGUGUUUCAGAGAGUAUGCCAAUGAUAUUGGCUUCAAGAAGCUGGAUUAAGCGAAUGGAAGAUGCAAUGGAGUUAUUUAUCCGGGUAGUCAUGGGCAGAGAAGCGUGAUGAUGUAGAAAAAUACAGCAGAAUGGUGUAUUUAUGAGCCGGGGAUGGUUGGAUAAAUAAAACCAUUGCAUUGUAAAAGGAAUCGUCUUAUUUUGUAAGGUAAAGCUUUGUUCACAUUC